GAUGAUGAUGAUGAUAUUUAGAGGAGUGGAGGUGUGUGAAGUUUGAGCCACCGUCUCUCUCUCUCUCUCUCUGAUCGACCACACUCCUCCAUUUUCCCUCACACUAAAACCCAUCAACCUCAUUCUCAUCUUGGCCUCAAUCUUCUGCAACAACCAUGGCCAAUGCGGCAUCGGGAUUUGCUGUGGAUGAUGAUUGCAAAAUAAAGUUCUUGGACUUGAAGGCCAAACGAACUUACCGCUUCAUAGUAUUCAAGAUUGAGGAGAAGCAGAAGCAGGUGAUUGUGGAGAAAUUAGGUGAGCCAGCUCAAAGCUAUGAAGACUUCACCGCAAGUCUUCCUGCUGAUGAAUGCAGAUAUGCUGUCUAUGAUUUUGACUUUGUGACUGCUGAAAACUGUCAGAAAAGCAGGAUUUUCUUCAUUGCAUGGUCCCCUGAUACAUCAAGGGUGAGAAACAAGAUGAUUUAUGCAAGCUCGAAGGACAGGUUCAAGAGAGAAUUGGAUGGUAUCCAAAUAGAGCUGCAGGCCACUGACCCAACUGAGAUGGAUCUUGAUGUUAUUAGAAGUCGUGCCAGCUAAGAGAGUUGUAUUUGCAAUGGCGAUUUUCCUGUUCUUUCUUCAAUUUAUGCCAAUGUUAAUAGUUUGUGGGGCUGUGAACCUAACUGAAUUAUGAUACUUGGUUUGUUAUUUAAAGUUUAUCAUGUAGAACGAA